CUGGAGGCCAUGUCAGUUUCCCCCAGACACUGCCUGGCCACCCCAAGAUGCCCCGAGGGGAACAUAGGCUCUGAGGCAUUACUAAGAGCUCAAUUCGAGGCACCUGUUUCUUCCAAAGUCAUCCUCAGCGUUCCUGGUGCCAACACUGCUCUGAGUCCCAGAAGUCUUGGAGGGAAGAAUUAACCCAGGUUGGCUGUCAAACGUAUGGGAAGUUUCUGCCCGCAGCAGAGCCAGCCCGAACAUCUGCUCCACUUGGUGCCCUCUCCCCCAGCUCUCCUCUGGAAUUUUCUCCCGAAGAUCUUGGUAGUGAUGACCUACAUAAUUGCAGAGAGGCCUCUGGAGAUAAGGUGGUGAAAUUAUUAUAAUGUAGGAGAUGAGCACAGGAAAUUCAGGGUUCUGGGUCGUUUUAUAGGGGGAUUCAUGGACAGGUGAAGUGGAAGAGUCGGAAAUCUUUGCAAGUGAAUGGUAAUUUCCUAUAUGAAGGACCCAAGAGGUCCCCUCCCCCCAUCCAGUGAUCCAAAAGGGGUUUUCAACAUACAAAUUAUCUGUCUCCAUCCUGCCAGACCAAGCAGGACUAUUUAAGGGGCGAGCUGGGCCAGAAGUGCAGCUGCAUCCGUGCCCCAAGGCCUGUCUGCUGCCGCUUUGCCGGUCCUUGCCCACCGCCAACUAUGAGCCGCCAGUUGACCCUCUAUCCUGGAGCUGAGCGCCUGGGCUUCAGUGGCUGCUCUGCUGUCAUCUCGGGCCGGUUCAGCGGCAGCCAUGCUUCAGUCCGGGCCGGGGUCAAGGGUGCAGCUUUUGGCAGCAGGAGUCUGUUCUGCAUGGGGGGCGGCCGGCGGCUGGCAUUGAGCUCUUCCGGGCGGAGCGGCGGCUUUGCACUGGGCCACGGAGGGGCAAGCGGUGGGCGCCCUGGAGGCUUUGUGGGCACCAUCUUCGGCAGUGCAGGACUGGGCCCUACGUGUCCAUCAGUGUGCCCACCGGGCGGCAUCCCCCAGGUCAUCGUCAACAAGAGCCUCCUGGCCCCACUCAAUUUAGAACUGGAUCCAGAGAUCCAGAAGGUGCGCGCGCAGGAGCGAGAACAAAUCAAGGCCCUGAAUAACAAGUUCGCCUCCUUCAUCGACAAGGUGCGCUUCCUGGAGCAGCAGAACCAGGUGCUGGAGACCAAGUGGGCCCUGCUGCAGCAGCUGGACCUGAACAACUCCAAGAGGAGCCUGGAACCGGUUCAUGAGAGCUACAUCAGCAACCUGCAGAAGCAGCUGGAGACACUGUCCGGGGACCGGGUGAGGCUGGACUCGGAGCUGAGGAACAUGCGGGAAGUGGUGGAGGACUGCAAGAAGAGGUACGAGGUGGAGAUUAACAGGCGUACUGCUGCGGAGAAUGAGUUCGUGGUGCUGAAGAAGGAUGUGGACGCUGCUUACAUGAACAAGGUGGAGCUCCAGGUCAAGGUGGAUACUUUGACAAAUGACAUCAAAUUCUUCAAGGUCCUCUAUGAAGGGGAGAUUGCUCAGAUGCAGUCCCACAUCAGCGAUACAUCCGUCAUCCUGUCCAUGGACAACAACCGGCAGCUGGACCUGGACAGCAUCCUCACUGAGGUUCGAGCCCAGUAUGAGGAGAUUGCUGUGAAGAGCAAGACUGAGACAGAGAACAUGUACCAGUGCAAGAUCCAGGAGCUGCAGGCCACAGCAGGCCAGCAUGGGGAUGACCUCAAACUCACCAAGGUCGAGAUUACAGAGAUCAACAGGCUGAUCCAGAGGAUCCACUCAGAGAUAGGGAACGUGAAGAAACAGUGCUCCAACCUGGAGACGGCCAUCGCUGACGCUGAACAGAGAGGUGACUGUGCCCUCAAGGAUGCCCGAGCCAAGCUGGACCAGCUGGAGGGUGCCCUGCAGCAGGCCAAGGAGGAGCUGGCCCGGAUGAUGAGGGAACACCAUGAGCUCAUGAAUGUCAAGUUGGCCCUGGACAUGGAGAUCGCCACCUACCGCAAGCUGCUGGAGGGCGAGGAGAGCAGGAUGGCUGGUGACUACCCAAAUUUCGUGAGCCUUUCUGUCAUAAGCAGUACCAAUGCGGGACCAGGAGGUGCUGGCUUCAGUGUGGACUUCGGCUCCUCGAGCAGUUACAACUACAGACCUCUGGCCCUGGAGGUCAAGACCAAAGGCAGCUGCGGCAGCGAACUCAAGGAUCCCUCAGCCAAAGCCGCAGGCAGCAGCUGUGCAACCAAAAAGGCCUCCAGAUGA